CGUUAUCGAGAUGACGUCAUAUUCGUACUCUGGUGCUACCGCGGCGAAUCGUAGUCUCCGUGAUCUCAAUAUAGCGCAUAGUGGAUACUAUUUGUAGGAAUGGAUAAAAUAAACGGUGAUGAUGAUCCCACAAGCUGGCAGUAUGCUUUGGCGUGUAGUACACAGAACAUGGUGUAUUAAAGAAUUCAGGAGACAAAGUUUGUCGGCUAAGUAUAAAAUGAUGAUCACUCAACAAAGAUUGAUAACAAUAACGUUAUCAAACAACGACGUGGUCGUUAGGUCCAGGCUAACGUGCGUAAUUGCAAAAGAGUGAGAGAUGGUACUCAGGGACUUUCAGAUACAGUUUGAUAAUCCUUGGAACACUUUCUACGGAGGACAGACUGUAACAGGGCGAGUUAUCGUCGUCAUAGAUUCAACGAAGAAGAUCCGCGGGAUAAAUAUAAGGAUAAAAGGAGAAGCUAACACAGCGUGGACCGAAAACAAAUCUGAGCUUAAUAACGAUGGGAAAUACCAUGAUGAAAAUCAAAUGAUCACUGGUCACGAGGAAUACUUCAACAUACAGUACUAUCUCCUUGGUGGAGCCUCAGGUGUGGAAAUUCAACUACCGCCUGGUGAACAUUCGUAUCCAUUCAGCUGCGUCUUGCCGCCCAAUCUUCCAAGUAGUUUUGAAUCGGAUCUUGGGCAUGUUCGCUACACCGUCAAAGCGACCUUAGAUCGGCCUUGGAAAUUCGAUCAAGAAGUCAAGACCGCGUUCACGGUCGUGUCGGCGUUAGAUCUCAAUCAAGAGCGAGGAGCCGCGGACCCUGUUCAAGAGGAGUUAACGAAAACUUUCUGCUGUCUUUGUUGUGGAUCGGCACCUCUUAAUGUGACGGUGUCACUGCCGGUUCGCGGUUACGUUCCUGGUCAAGCCAUUCCGAUAAGAUUGAAUGUUGAAAACCAUAGCGAUGUUGCAGUGGACACGGUGAAAUUUUAUCUCAGAAAAGUGGUAACUUAUACGGCAACUUCACCUACGCUUUCGACCAAAAGAAUAAAAAUCGUAGUAUCGGAAAUCGGAAAAGGACCUGUGGAAGGCGGCGCGACUGUUAAUUGGGAGGAACGGUUAAAUGUACCUCCGCUGCCGCCAUCAAAUCUGGCGAAUUGUGGCAUCAUCAGGCUCGAGUAUAAUCUCAAAGUGGAAGCUUGCGUUUCGGGAUGGUACCACCGUAAUCUCAAGCGAAAUAUCCCAGUGUACAUAGGAACGAUUCCUCUUACGAGUUAUCAGCCUCCGGUUGCUCCACCAUCAGGAAGCAUCUUGAAACUAGAUGAGUAUCCAACGAAACCCGCAGACCCUACUUAUGGUGGAUACCCAAGUGGCUAUCCAGAGUUCAAUCCUGGUUUUGGUAACCCGGAUACACCGGAACCGAGUGCACCUUUAGGUUUCAUCCCACCAUCAAAUUCAACUUCUGCAAUGCCUCCACCAUUGCCACCAACCAUGACCAUGUAUCCAAAUUUGGCCCCGCCAUCAUACGCAGAGUCGAUUUACGGUGCUCGUCAUAUCCAAGAGCGUGGCGAGUCCGAACACGUACUGGGUGCCAGGAAUCAAUUCUCACCAAGAUAUCCGGUCUACAGCUUUGCACCAUAGUAGAGAACCUAUCAAUAAAACUAGAUAGCUCUUGGGAGAGAGGAAUAGAGAAUAUUCCUAAGUUGAGACAUUUGUUCAAUUGAACUGGCAUGCUUUGCAUUUCAGAUUUUACGUUAUCACUGGUGGAUUAUGUAAUAAUGGCAGAUAAACUAUAUCCAACGAAUUGGCGCAGCUUGAUGAUAUUCUCGUAAAUUAGUUUAUGUACUAUUGUAAAGUUUAUACACAUAUUUUGAUGCAGCUUUAUACGUAUGAAACGUAAAAAUAUACAGCACUAUUCGCUAAUAGAA